GAUUUUUAUACUGCUUUAAACCUAAAAGCAAUUUGAUCUAUUUUGUGCCAUGGAUAAAGUAAGGCGCGCUUUUCUUCGCGCUUGCAUUAAUCACAGUUGCCUUACUUAUGACCUAAUUGACGAAAUAUUAACACCACUUUGCGAAAUGCACAAAGUGACAAAGCCUAAUGGAACCGAGGAGAUAAAAUCAUUUGUGGCAGAAAUAGAACAAACUAUAAAGGAAUUCCACCAGGCGCUGACUUUCAUAAAACAUCCGGUGUCGGGUCAGGAUUAUUUGGUUUAUUAUUUGACAGAUCCUACUCCAGAUAUUCAUCUGCAUCCCAAUCUAACAGCCGAAGAGUGCCAAUAUUUUUCAAUAUUGCUGGACAAAGUUGCAAACAACGAGGAGUGCAAAUGUCUCUGGAAUAUGGCAUAUUCAGGAAUAGAUUUCAAGAAUAGCGCCAAGCCUCCAAAGAAGAUGCGAAUGCAGGAAUUGUUAAACGAGUGGAUUGACAGUGGCUACUUUUUGGAGGAUGGCGACUACAUUUACUUGGGGCCACGUAGUAUUUUAGAGCUGGAGUUCUAUUUACGCACCAACUACUCGGAGACGAUAAAGGAGUGCAUGUUGUGCAGGCACCUCGUCCUCUGGGACAUCAAGUGCUCGGAGUGCGACAUAAAACUACAUCGCAACUGUAUUCGAAAAUACUUGCGUACACGUUCCAAUUGUCCGUCUUGCAACAAGCAAUGGAAUACUCGUCUCAGUGUGUAAAGAUAAAUUUAAUAAUGCCAGAAGUAUUUUUGCAAAUGAAACUAUUGUGAUACAGAUUUUCUUUGUUAAAUACUUUUAUCGUAGGAGUAGGAAAAGCUACCAAACACAAAUAUAUGGAAGCAUACGACAAAAACGAACUGCGAGUACAAAUAAAUCUACAUAAACACAUUCAUGUGCAUCUUAAAUAUA